AUGUACUUUCAUGCUAUGGCUGGUACCACAGAGGAUGUAAUAAUACUCAUUAUGGCAUAUGACCGAUAUGUUGCUAUAUGUGAUCCUUUACACUAUCACUAUAUCCUAAACAGGAAAAACUGUCUCUUAUUUGUAUCUGGCACUUGGAUAUCAGGAUGCUUAAAUGCAUUUGUGUUUACAUUCCCAGUGUCACGCAUGUCCUUCUGUCAGUCUCCUAUCAUACAUCAGUUUUUCUGUGAUGUUAAAGCUCUGUUUAGCAUUGCCUGUGCUGGCAGUGAAGACUAUUUUAUUGUCAUUUGCAUGGAGUUAUUGCUAUUUGGAGUUUUCCCAAUCAUGUUAAGUGUGACAUCUUAUCUAAAAAUGAUCAGAGUCAUCUUGCAGAUAAAAUCUAAGGAUGGAAGAAAGAAUGCCUUCUCCACCUGCUCAUCCCACCUCAUCAUUAUCAUUAUGUAUUGUAUGACGGCUUUGGGUGCAUACAUGAUGCCCCCAUCAAAAUAUUCUAGUGUCCUAGAACCAGUCUUUACAGCAUUGUAUGCAGUUGUUACACCCACAAUAAACCCUCUGAUCUACAGUCUACGGAAUAAAGUUGUGAAAAAGGCUUUGAGAAAAAUAUUGUCUGUAAAAGUAUUAAACUGUAAAUGA